CCGCCGUUCGGACCGAGCCAUAGUCGUUUCUAGGCUCCCGUCCAGAGCAGUUCAAGUUCAGGAAAGGCAGCAAACGCAAACGAACGAAUCAAAGUUUCGAAAAUAACCGCGCCUUCUAGGACCCACCUCGUGCAUUGAAGCGUGGCAAGUUCAAAAGCGUUUCGGUCGUCAGCUGAUUCGGAAGUAUUUCUUCGCUCGGGUGAAACUUUCAGUUUCAUUCUUUUUGCAUCUUUGUCCGAGGUAAGAGUGAAGUUUUAUAAGAGUCAGUCUCUUCCUCGCCUCACCCCGUCGCCGCAUUCAACCAACCCGCAUUCCGGAUGGCCCCGCUAGUUCGCAGCUCAAGUUCGAUGUCACUCGUUCCGGUGCAGUACCGCAGCUGGUGGGAUGACUGGGAUUUGCCCCUCUACACCCGGGUGCUAGAGAAAUCCAUCACCCAGGAGGUGCUGGGUGAUGAUCCGUUCUACUGGCGUCAUCCACCUUUGCCGCCACUUCGCUGGUCCAGCCUGUGCCGCCCGUGGAAGUACUUCAGCCUGCGGGACGUUGGAUCCCGGGUGGACUCGGAUCGCGAAAAGUUCACCAUCGAGGUAGACGUGCAUCAGUUCGCUCCGCACGAGGUGACCGUAAGGAAAACGGACAAGUACAUCACCAUCGAGGGCAAGCACGAGGAGAAGCGGGACGAGUUGGGUUACGUUGCGAGACAGUUUUCCCGACGAUAUCUGAUUCCGAUUGGCUACGAUGCGAACCUGAUCGUGUCUUCCCUCUCCUCGGACGGAGUGCUAACCGUUACUGCCCCCCGGAUUGGCCUGCCAGCGCCGAAGGUCGAGAAGUACGUCCCCAUCUGGCACACCGGAAAACCUGCCAUCGAGGAUAAGAAUUUUGUGAUUGGCUUCUACUACCCAUAACAUUUUUCGGCACCUGCUCUGCACUUCACCUUCAAAUGCGACAAGCACAAGUUCAACGUGGUAGCAGCACGAUAAAAUGCUGUAGUUCGAGGUAGGUUUUUCGUUAUCAUUUUGUGAUAUGAAGGCCACUUUGUGAUACACAAUUAGAUGCACUCACCAGUGGUAAAAGCAGUAAAAAGAAAACUAACAAUUAAAAUGCUAUGUAGCGAAAUACCAAAUCGGCAAAGCCAAUGUGAUUCAAUAUGUGUUGUUUAGUAAUAGUAUGUUGAUAAUUUGUUUCAAAAUAUAAGAAAUAUACGACACGUUUUCCGAAAAAUUA